AUGGCACCCGCCGCCGCCACCGCAGAUAGCAUCAUGACGCUCGAGGAAACCUGCAUUACGUGUCCUCGACGAGGUCCAAACGAUGCCCAAAAUGUCUGGAUGCGCGAUUGUCAACGACUUGACUGGAAGAACCAUAAGAUCCUCUGCGCUUCUUUCAGCGAAGCGAGACCGAGCACCGCAGGUGUAGAUGUUCACGCACAUCGACGAGCAUUGUUCUUCCCGGAUGGCGACCAACCUCCAAGAUUCACCUGGCUCGCUGUUUCGAAGAAUCCUCAAACUGCAGGUGAAUCUUUCAAUAAGGAAGCCUACUUCCGCCGUGGCGGUCAUGAUAGCGCAUCUACCAACCACAACAGCAUUCAAGCCCGCGACAUCCACCGUGAGCAGUACGAGACGCUGUGGUUUACUUCCAAGAGAUAUGCCGCAAAUCAAGCACCAAACGUGGCGGUGCGUUCCUUUACGCGGGCUGGAGCUUGCGCUCAGCACUUCCGGGGUCCGAUCCUUGUUACACGUUGGGUAGCAAGUCAACACCGCGCCAUCGAUGUGCGAGACGUUCGAACUGCCCCUGGAGAAUACCGCGACAUCGAUAUGCGAGACGUUCGGAAAGCGGCAGACUACUUGAGCUCCGCCUACCGAAGGGGUGGGCAGGAUCCAGAUCUUGACAGCGUCCGGGUACCAGUUGGAAUUGUCGUGUGCCCUAUGACCUUCGUUCGAUCACCCGUAGGGUAUUUCAUUGUCAACGGCUGUGAUAGCAUCUUCCAGGCUGAAGGUAGCGGGAUAGCGAACCUACUCGGACUCCCGAUGACUGUGCGUCCGUGGUACGCGCACCCCACUGGCAGCGAAGACCUCCGCAAUCAGACAGCUAUGUUGCUGAUGAGAGACAUCACUUCGGUCAAGGUUAGCACCCGUACAAGCACUCCCGGAUCUGGAGACGGCGACUUCUUGCGCGGUAUGGAGGGCUCCUACUGUGGCGAGCAGGGUUUCGCCUCCACGCCUCAGACUUGGACUGGCAACAAGAUUGGAGAUGUUCUCGUGGCACGCGCAGAUGGAUUGCCUCUUCUCAGCCUUCACCUAGAGGCGCUAUGCCUGUAUGUCUCCACAAAGGUAGAGCCCAGAUUGGCUCAGGCUGUCUCUGGUCUUACUGGGCGGGCCGUUGUGCUCAGCCGAGAGCAGGUCUUGGGAACAAUCACGAAGGCCGACUUUCUGGCGUUCUUCGAAGAACUCCGAGCACAGCGAGCACCGACUGAUCCCAGAUGGCGACUCUUCCCCACUCCGUAUUCGAUGACAAGGGAGUUUAUCGAGAGUCUGCGUGCCACAGCUGAGGAAAUGUACAAUGACCAACGCACGAUGGGACAUCUUCAGACGUCAGAUGAUUGAAAAUGCAGCCGGUGAAGUGCCAGAAUACACUCCCGUAGGCUAGAUCAGCAUUCGACGAAGGUUGUCCAAGCCAGCUCCAACAGGUGCGGCGGGCGACAAACGCGCAAUGGGUAGUAUGGCAAGGGAAGGAAGACGACAUAUUUGUCGGCACUCUAGCUUCGCUUGAAGUUUCGGUUAUCUGGCAGAGCCUCAGGCACCAUGGCGUAUCACCACAACUCAACGACGCUUGUGGAAUCGGUUGCUUGUGCCUAGUAUCGUCAUCAGCACCCUACCUGUGCAUUGGUCGAGGCAUGCUAAAAGUGAUCUUGCAGCGACCGGGUCUGCAUUCCAUCCACUUAUCUGUCAUAUGAAUGAUGAAAAGGUGGUGUGCCAGCCAAGAACACUGGCGGG